AUGGUAAGGCUGUAUUAUUUAGCUGUCAUUCAGAGGCAGCCUUUGAAAAGUGUAAUAUUAUGCAAUGCCAGUGAUCUUAAAGGGUUCAACUUCUUUCAAAAAGGCAGCGUGAAAGAAUUCAUGCGCUUUUGCAGCACUACAUUGGUUGGAAGAAUAGAGUUGGAGACAAAAGUAAGCGUCAAAGAACAAACUUAUAUGUGUCACGCAUUCGUAAGAAAAGAUGGCUUGGCAGCUGCUGCUGUAACUGACGACGAAUAUCCAGCCAAAGUAGCUCAUAUUUGUCUAAGUCAACUGUUGGAAGACUUUUCAUUCAAGAUACUACCCAAGACUUGGAACACUAAUGAAGCUGUGCGCUAUCCAGAAAUUAAGGAGUUGCUUGAGAAGUUUGAGGAUCCUAAAAGUACAGAUGUAUUAGGAGUAAUACAAGCGGAACUCGAAGAAACCAAAGUUAUUCUUCACCAAACAAUGGAAACCAUUCUUCAGAGAGGUGAGAAGUUAGAUGAUUUAGUCAUUAAAGCUGACGAUUUAAGUAUACAAGCGAAAACUUUUUAUAAAACUGCUAAGAAAACUAACGCCUGUUGUUCAGCACUUUGA